AUGGUCAAAAAAGAUUUCUUUUCGGGAGUCAUAUCACGCGAGUUUUCAGUUUAUGAUAUAACUGAAAAACAACUAAUAUAUCGUAUCGAAUCUCGAUUUGGUUUUCGACAUAACAAUGAAAUAGUGGCUAAUCCAUCAAAGCAAGUCGUGGGUAAAUUAACUGGUCGACCAUCACUGCUGAAAUAUGGUGCUGAUAUUUCACUUCUUGAUCUAUCAUCCAAUAAGUGGAUCAGUGGAAAUAUUACAGAAACAUCCACUUGGCGAAUGAGCGAAUUUACCAUCCAUUGGAAUGGAACAUGUAUAAUAUUGAAAAGCAAACCCGAUAUUCUUCCUAACGAAUUUUAUGAAAAAGGUCGUACUGAGCUCUUAGCUCAGUUCAAACAACGACCCGCAUCAAGAUUGUGGACGGCAAAAUACAAUAUGGAUAUAUUCUCCAUUAAGUUUCCCGACGCAUUGUAUCUUCUUGCAUUAACUGCCAAAGAACUCAGAUCAGCACCACGAAGAGGCAAAAAGUGA